GCCACAAGAGGAGAGCCAGAAACGGAAACCUGAGGUGGCGUGGCGCCGCUCCCGUGCUGCCGUUUUCCCCCAAGUCCCCCUCCUCGCGGUUCAGCUUCUCAAAAGCCACAAACCCUAGAAUCUCACAGUACCAGGAAUCUCCUGAUCCCCAAAAGAGAGGCGGGAGACGAAGUUUGACCGGAAUCCUCGAGGCUGGGCAUGAUUUAUUGAAGUAUGGGUCGUUUCAAGGGAGGGACGCAGGAAGGCUCUGAAUGGAAGCCAACGAAUAAACAUCGCUCCAUAUGCUUACACUCAUUUUCUGAUCUGUCACAUGUUUCCGCAGCUACUUUUAUGUAUCUUUUGAAGGACUGCUACCUAUAUGGAACCCACAAAGCAACCCCAAAGUUCAGGGUCCUUCAUCAGCAAGUUAAGGGAGCAUUAAAUAAUGGUCCUCAGCCAGGCCCAUUCACAUACAUUGUUCAAUGCAUGUACAUUAUACCUUUGCUGGGCCAAAGUCAUGCUGAAGGGUUCAGCCAUAUGUUGAUAUCUUCUCUCAGGCAUUUGAAAUCCGUGGAGUCAGUGCAGAAGGAUUUCAUUGAUGCAAAGUGUCUUGCUGCACAACUUGUUCUGGAUAUCCUUGCUUCUGUUGUACCCCAUGAAGAACGCAUACUGGUUAAACUUCUUGAGACAUUUGAUAUCGAGUUGAAAGAUAUGGCCCAUGCUUUGUGUGGUUCAGAGUUGGGUGAUGAAGAUCUAACUAAAACAAGAGAACAUCUUAAGCAGUAUGUGCAGUUCUUUAUGAAAUCAGAAUCCUAUGUCACUGCUGUGGCCCUGAUGACACGCUUUAACAUCCAAUGUUGCGACGAGUCCUUUCUCAUAAAACUGAUUGGAAGUAAUCAACUCAAGGCAGCAGAGGAGUGGGCAGCUUUCAUGGGGAAAGAAAUGAUCAUUUUGAUAAUUCAAAAGUACCUAGAUAUUAAAAUGCUGAAGAGCGCGAAUGAGUUGGUGAAACAAUAUGAUCUUACAGAAGAGUUCCCAGAUGUUAAUUAUUUGUAUAAAGAGAGUUCGCUGAAGAAGCUGGCAGAGAAAGGGUGUUGGGAAGUUGCAGAAGUCCGUGCCAAGAAGGAAACGAAGCUAAUGGAAUACCUGGUCUAUCUUGCUAUGGAAGCUGGCUAUAUGGAGAAGGUUGAUGAGCUUUGCGAACGAUAUUCUCUUGAAGGUUAUGUCAAUUCUUUGGUCCCAGAAGAAGUCCUCAGUCAUUCUGACUAUUUAGAUCUGAAGAAACUGAUUUUAGAAGAAAUUGUCUGGGUUGAUGAGAUCAACGGCCUAAUUAAUGCAACAAGUUAUAUUGAAGCUUGUAAAAUUAUUGGCGUGGAUUGUGAAUGGAAACCUAAUUACGAGAAAGGCAGCAAACCUAACAAGGUUUCUAUCAUUCAAAUUGCGUCAGAUAAGAAAGCUUUCAUCUUUGAUCUGAUUAAAUUGUACGAAGAUGAUCCUAAAGAAUUGGACUGCUGCUUCAGGCGAAUCAUGUGUUCUUCUAACAUUCUAAAGCUGGGCUAUAACCUGCAAUGCGAUCUGCAUCAACUGUCACAGUCGUAUGGAGAAUUGUUAUGUUUCCAGUCCUAUGAAAUGCUACUUGAUAUCCAGAAGCUGUUCAAAGAGACUACUGGGGGUCUCUCUGGGUUGUCAAAGAAAAUAUUAGGAGCUGGUUUGAACAAGACACGACGGAAUAGCAACUGGGAGCAGCGUCCUCUCACCCAGAAUCAGAAAGAGUAUGCUGCUCUUGAUGCCGUGGUACUUGUUCAUAUAUUCCAUCAUGUCAGGGGGCAACCUCAGUUUGGUGUAAACGAGGGACGCCAAGUGGAGUGGAAGUCUCACAUCGUUUCCCGGGUAAAUCGUGCACGUAGCCCAUUGCGGUUCUAAAACUACUGGGGUUGCGAAAGGUGACUGUUGGGAACGAAGUACUUCUGAGUUCUGACAGCUAUAAACAAACACCUGCUGGUUAGCUUCAUCUUCUAAGAAACCUAUCUAUUGGUAGGAUUCCGAGUUUUGUUGCACCCUAGCUGAUCUCAGUGGCUGUUGCUAUGACUUGGUAGUAAUUCCCCUUGUAAAUAUUGCAACGGUUGGAGUUGGGCGGUCUCUUGUCUGUUGCAUUCCAGUUAACACAAUUGCUGCCAUUUGAAGCUUGAA